GUGCAUCAAUAGAUUCAAAUCCUGUGAGAAUCGAUCACUUCUAGUCUCUGAACGUUAGAGAAGCCGAGUCAACAAAAUGGGUAAACUGCUUGAUGAGCAAUUUCUAAGGUCGCUGGUCACGAUUAAGUAACUGGCCCAUCCAUCGUCUUGGGCACUCUAGGGCAAGUUAUAAAUGUUUGAACCUAUUCCAUUAGUGUGGAUCUUGUCUUUGGUCAUUCAAGACACUCCUGGACGGCUGGAAGGCCAAGCAACAAUGAAUCUGGCCGGAGUUCUUACCAAUCUGUUGACUUUGGCGACUUUUGCCUGGCAUGAUGGAUCUGAAAAGUCUGUGGUUCCAAAUUCGGUUAAAGAACACCUGGAAACGGAAGUCCUACGACCGAUUGGCAAACCGUACACAGUAUUGGUAGAAGGUAAUGUGGGCAGCGGGAAGUCCACCACCUUGAAUUACUUCGCCACUCAGACGCCAGAAAAAGAUCUCGUGGAUGUUGUCUUCGAGCCUGUCAAUCUGUGGCGCAAUCUCUCUGGGGUUGAUUUGCUCAAUCAGAUGUUCACUGAUCCUCAACGUUGGGCUUUGGCCUUCCAGUCCUAUUCAUCCUUGACUAGAUACAGUAAUGUGUUCAAACCGACACCCAAAAAGUACCGAAUCAUGGAAAGAUCAAUCUUCAGUGAGAGAGCGUGUUUCUUGGAUACUGUCCAUGAACAGCCCAAUGGUAUGACCGAGGUCGAGUUCAACAUCAUGCACCAAUGGUACCAGAUGAUGACCAAAACAUUUUGGGAUCAACUCAAACCGGACAUUAUCGUUUACGUCAAAUGUGAUGUGGAUGUGUUGAUGCAACGCAUCAAGAAACGUGGCCGACCCGAGGAGGCCAAUAUCAGCCGAGAUUUUGUCGAGACCAUACAAAGACGACAUGACGACUGGCUGAUCCAUAGGAAUUCAUCCUUUGUCCCACCCGCUCCGGUCUUGGUGUUGGAUGGAAAUUUGGAGGUUGGGAAGUUUUUGGAAUUGGUCAAAGCAAAGGAGGCCGUCAUUUUUGGGGGCCAACUCCGACGGACAGACACAUAAGAUAAUGACGAGGUCAACACACUUCUCAAAACCGUGUUUUGAUACGCCUUUUUCGAACAAGAUUAUCAUAUCUCAUAUACGUAGGUGUGCCUACUUGGAAAACACCUUUGCUGUAACUGAAAACUUGGCCGACAAAAUAAAUCAACCACCUGCAAGAAA